AUGGCGGAAAUCACUAGCGUGGAAAGUGGCGUGGAAUUGCAAGAUGGAAUCAAAAGGUAAUUUUUUAAAAAUCCUUAAAUUUUUUGGGUUAAAAUCAUACAUCCACCAACUUUCUAAUCCACUUUCAAUUCAGUAUGAAAUUACAAAUUUGGUAUUUUACAUAUUUUAGUAUGCAAAUAUAUUAAAAGUAUUUUAAAAAUUUGGUAUUUUACAUAUUUUAGUAUGCAAAUAUAUUAAAAGUAUUUUAAAACAAGUAUGCAAAUGUGACUUCCUGUAUAUUUGAAAAAAACAACAAACAAACGCUCUUGAUUCUUUAUUUUAAACAGCAUUUCACUGAUUUGAAUACAAGCAUGGUACAGUUAAUAAUACAUUAAUAUUUAUUUAUAAUAUAUUUCAUUUUGUCAAAUAUAGGUGUUGUUACAGUUGGGAGACAGAAAAAAAAUCAUUAAAAUACAUGAAAGUGACAGUCAAACAUUCGAGCAAUUGAUUAUUGAAGUAAAAAAUUGUUUCAAAAUUCCCGAAAAUACAAAGGUUUAUCUUAAAAAAUUUGACUGUGAAUGGAACGACUAUAUUGAAAUUGAUAACAUAGAUGACGUUACUGAUAAAGACAGGCUAGUAGUGGAACAGGAAAGUAUUAGCAUUGUGGCAGAAAAACAGGUAGGCUUCAUAAUUUGCUGAAUCGCCAUGGGCAAAGCUGAUUUGGUGUCAUACACACCCAACUAGUAUAGACCUGCCUCCCUGGCAGUGAAUUCUAGAGCAAAGAAUGAAUGAAAAUGAAGGGGAAAACACACAAGAAUAUUACUAUAAACAGAACAGUCUUUGAAAUUAAGCGCAUCUGUUUGACCACUGUACUAUGUCGGCUUUCUUACAAAUUUCUCAUAUUUUACUGGUUAAAUUUUUAACAACCUAGCAAAAUAGCAAAAUUCCUUAAACCUAUUUUGAUUUCAAGACAAAUAGUCACAAUGUAGAAAUUAAAAAGUACCUUUGUUUUUGUUUGUCAAGGUCCAGAGUAAUCAGAGUGUGCAGUAUUUGUCCCAAGGAGGUGAAUGUUUUAUGUGGUUUGUUACAUGUAUUUUUAUGUAAGGAAAAUUAAAAUGUUUCGCCUUUUUCAUUGCUACAAAUCCAUUUUACACCAUUAGAAAGUGGAGAAUUACCAUAGAAAUUUAUAAAACUUUUAUUGAUAAAUUAUCAUUUUCCAUGUGAGUUAUAUGUUGUAAUGUUUACUUUUAAAGUAGAAAAGACGCAGUCUAAACAAAGAACAUUGGUUGGGCAGAGUGGGACACUUUCCCUUGGAGAAGUUAGUGAAGUAAGUCAUAAUAAAUGUAUCGUUAAUCUGUGUCUGUAUAUUAUAUGAUACAUGUAAAAAUUUUACUUUAUCUUUAAAUUUAAAUUCUCUGAAAAUAUUAUUCUAUUAUUAGGUUAAUGAAGUUAAUGUGUCUGAUGAGACAAGCACAGUCACAAUCGACUCUGCAUAUCUAGAAAAGGAAAGUAAAAUCUAUGGUCGAAGUGGCAAUUUGGUCGAUUUAUCAGAGUACCAAAAAGCAGUUAACGAUGCAAGUUUGGAAUUGGCAAAACAAGAUUGUUCAUUGUUGCAAGAUCGAGGAGGGUUGUUUGCCCGUGCAAGAAAGAGAGUUGAUGAUGAAGGCUACAGUUAUAAAAAAAAAGUUUCUCGAUCUACUGCCUUUGGAAAACAGACUACCCAAUCAAAACAAACGAAGAAACGUCAGUACUUGCACAAUGAGAUGAGAAAAGAUCAAAUUCAAGAGUUAUCAGGCGCAAUUCAAAACCACAAUGAAACUAUUAGUCUUUUGGAAAAACAAAAACAGAAAUAUUCGAAUACAGAAAAGUUCCUGGAAGCUGCAGAAAUUAAUAAGUCAAUUUUGGAAAUUCACCAGGAACGACAGUUAAAAACGAAAGAGUUGGCCAAGUUGGAAAAAGCUGAGACAAAAUCAAGAAAUUCCAAGAAGAGAAAGACUUCAUCUACUGAAAGAAAAUCCAGUAAAUCAGGAGCACUGACAGAAUGGCUAUUCAGUGAUGAUACCUCAACUCAAAGAAAAUCCAGUAAAUCAGGAGCAUUGACAGAAUGGCUAUCCAGUGAUGAUACCUCAACUGAAAGAAAAUCCAGUAAUUCAGGAGCAUUGACAGAAUGGCCAUCCAGUGAUGACACCUCAAAUGUUAUUGAUCUCGAUAAGGAUGAUGAUAAUAAUGAAUUCGAGCAAAAAGAUGUCCAGAAUGUGUUGGAAGGUGAUUCAAUGAGCGAAGUUCAGGAAGAUGUAGAGGUAUCCUCCAACCAGAACGUGCAUUUUUUAUGACUAAACGUGUAGAUAGAAAGAAUGCUGUUGAGUUUAUAGACACUGACUAUGCCGACUUACACUCUGAAAAAAUUUAUUGUAAAUAUUUAGCUUAUGUUGGGAAAAAUUUAUCAGAGGAUGUUAAACAAGAAGACAUGUAUAUAUCACACAUCAAAGAUAUUUCCUUAUCGGAAUUUCAAAUUGCACGAAAGAUGUACUGUUUAAAAAAGCAUGGCGAUGUAGAAUCAUGUGCCACCUGUUCAAUCCUAAUCGAUGCUGCAAAAAUUGUGGAGAACAAGUGUGUGAUACCAGUGAAAAAUCUGUUUUGUUUGCAGUUUGAUUCAGCUCUUUACAAAUCUGAUAAAGCUGUGCGGCGUUAUAUGCAAUUGCCCAUAGUUGUCAUGAAGCUUAAGGGGAUUUUGUAUGCUAUGGAGUAUACUCCCCAAACGGACUUAAUCAAACUCCAAGUCAUGAUUGGUAAACUAAUUCCACAAGAGAAAUUAUCUUUUGGCUUAAACCGGGAGGCACUGAAAGCCUUGUGCGACCUUGCAAGCUCUGAAAGUGACAGAAAACUGAUCAAAGUUGCGGCUACAGCGGGAGUGUCUGCCUCAAAAGCUAAAUCAACUUUUGGUAUAUCGAAUUUGCAUAAAGUGAGAGACGAAGUGGCACAGGCAGUGAAUGAAUAUAUGAACAUCCGAAAGGUUGUUGAUGAAAUAGUAAGUGCUAAAGAAGAUGCAGUUCUAGAAUCUUUUGGAAUUUAUGUAGAAGAAAGCAGUUCUGAUGAGGAAAGUGAUGAUGAAAAAUGUUGUGAAAGCGACGUUACGGAUACUACUCCAUUACAAGAGUUGCUGAUAAGUAAUGAAUCUAGCACUGCUGAUCAAUUUACUGAUGACACUAAUACCCCAUCAAAUCAGUCGUUACUACAUAUUUUGAAACAAAACGAUUUUAACUGGUUUGCAUUUCUUUCGCAGUUGGAACUUGUAUAUCCAGGCAUAGCUGACAAAGAGGAUUUUCAAAACAUGCUAAACAAAUUCAUUGACUUUGUUAGAAUUUCAGACCAUACUACACCUGAAAAAGAGGCAAUGGAAGAAUCUCGUGAAGCAUAUCUAACAACAAGAGCUCAGGCACUUCAGAAAGAAAGUCAUAUACCUGGUGAGGUAUUAACAGAUGAAGAAAGCGAUGACCCCGAGGAUUGGGUAAACCUGAAAAGAACAAAUAAUUUACAUGGUAAUGAAUUUCAGGAAAAAGUCAAGAAGAAGAAAGCUGCUUUUUCUCGUCUAAAAAAAAGAAUGCUUGCAAGAGAAGUGACAAAAACAGCUUUGCUUAAGAGAAAGGUUCCAAAGGCUGUCAGUAAAACUGUUAUGAAAUUUCCAAACAUUGGAAAAGAAAUCGAGAGCUUUGCGAGGCAAAACCGUGUUGGGGCAGAUGCAUGGAGGCGCACAGGCGUACUCACUUUUAGUGGAAAUACAAAAAAGGGGCCGAAAGUAACGUACAUGCGUUUAAAAAGGCAUUUAGAAAAGACGUAUUCUACUAAAAUUGGUUAUGGUACAGUUGUUCAACUUUGUCUGGUGCAUAAUAAAAGACGGUUGUCAGCGCGUAGGUACUGGGGAGUAGCGGGCCUCAAGUCUCGGCGUGCAAGAAAGGGAUUUAAUGUACGUCUGAAUAUAGACGCACACUGGAGCUGUGCGUUUUAUAAGUGUUUGGACUAUGUUCAACUUAAAGAUGGAAGAAAUAAGUUUAUCUUAAAUAGAGAUGAUGCGGCGGGCUUUCGAUUGGACACGACGUAUACACACAAUCAACAUAAAAUUCUCGGUGAAGCUGAACGGCCCGAAGUCACAACACGAACGGAUUAUGUAAAUAAGUACAAUUCGAUAUUGCAGACAACGUCUUAUUUGUUUAUGGCUACCGAUAACACAGCAGAAAUGCCAGUCGGUAUUGUAAAAGCACAGAAAGUUUUCCCGAAAAACCCGGCUCAGCAUGCAGCGGAUUUUCAAAUGCUCCUCAAACAACCUGCUAUUGAACCCAUCCUGCAGAAUAAAGAUAUUGAUUGUAUUCGAGUAGACGGGGCAGCAGACGAAGGUCCCAAUCAUUUAGAAGUGCAAUUUAUGUGGAGCGAAUGGCAUUUGAAAAUGAACAAAACCUGCACCAUCGUUACUUCUCGAUAUAGUGGUGGGAGUUAUUUGAACCGUGUAGAGUUAUUGAAUGGAUGUUUAACGGUUGGACAUUCUAAUGUGUUUAUUCCCUCAACUAUUCUUGGUUCUAAUUUUAACGCUGAAGGAAUUGACCAGGACAGGUUAGAAUCUAACCUUGGUGCAGCUACGGAGACCUACAUUAACAGUGUUUCUGGAACGAAAUGCUCUGGUAAUCCCAUUUUGUUGUUAAAAGGAUGUUGCGAUGAUGUUUCAAGGAAUAAUCAUGAAAGACGAGAUCGUUUGCUCACAUUUCUACAAGGAUCAAAGAAAAACCAGCUAUUAUUCAAAAAGAAUUAUCCGGACGAAUACAAGUAUUUCACGAAUGUAUGGGAUGUGAGGAAUAACCACAUGGUGAAAGACCUGCCGGACAACUACAUUUUUAUACUCCUGCCAUGCUACCAGAAGAAAUGUCAUCACCCGCGUUGCCGUGAAGGGAAACCAAGUUCGCCACCUGUUUGGUUUGAAGGUGGGCCAUCACUUACGACUAUACCUCUUCCAAUUCCACAUCCUGAAAAACGAUGGGGAGGUAAAUGCGAUAAGUGUGUAAGUUUCUGCCGUGGCCAUUAUCUUGACCCUGAAAAAACAAUUCAGUUGAUUAAAGAAAAAGGACUAGGAUGUUGUGCUGAGCCUCCCAGAGAAGUAGUAAGAAAAUAUUUCGACAAUAGUUCUGAAGAGAUCACGGAUGCUGAUAUUAAGAACUUGGCGAAAAACACUUUGCUCAGCGAGUCCGAUGUUAGUUUUUGGAUUGAGCAUCUUAAGAAUAUUAAACUAAGAAGGAAACGAGGAGCAAAAAAGGCGGCAGAAACAAGGAAAAGAAAACAAGCACAAAGAAACAAAGGUAAGCGCGCAGUGGUAAAUUGCAUCACAGCGCCGUAAGUUCGAUUCCUGCCAGCUAGGACCUGUUGUUGCAUUUUUCGCAGCUGUGCGUGGUUAGCCGGUCUAAAAAUGUAUAUAAUUUUCUACUCGAUCUUUUCCAUUUACAAAACCCGUCAAAUUGUAUCACACCCUUUCGAUAUUACGUCACUUAUACUUUUUUUGGCCUGUAAGCAUCUCUUUUCAUUUGUAAAAGACGUAAGGCUAUUGGCCAACAACCCAUGAGAACGAGUAAUCCAGGCUAAGUGACGUAAAUGUCAAAACGGUGCAUAGUUUCAUGCAUUUAUGUGAUCAUAUUGCAGAUACAUGGCAUAUGAAAUAAGUGGUGAUUGAAAUUUAUUUUGCUGAGCUUUCGAUCCAUUAAGUUGGCAGUGCCUUAACUUAACGUUGAUAAUAAAAGAGUCUGGGCAUUCCAAAUUGUUUCAAAUGUACAUUUGAUGGGGUUUUUUUUUACGUUUUCAGAGAGUAUAGCUGAAAAGGAUUUAUCGGGAGACGUUGAUUCACGAGCAGAAAACGAUUCAUCGGGAGACCUUAAUUCACGAGUGGAAAAAGAUUCACGAGCAGAAUUGCACUGCAUCUGUAAUGAAGCAGAUGACGGAAGGUAUGGUCUUCAUAAUAACAGACCAACUAGCCAUACUAUAAACCCUUUCCUACUUGUUUAAUAUGCUGUUUUGUUUGAUUGUUUCGUAACUCUUUUAGAGCACCAUUGUUUGUAAACUAGUGUCAGCCCCCAAUUCAGUUAGAAUAGAUUAUCAAACUUAAACUCUGCUGAACACCUCUCCCUUUGUUUUCUCUCAUUCUUAGGUUCAUGAUAUGUUGUGACAGUUGCGAUGUCUGGUUCCAUGGCAAUUGUAUUAACCUCACGGAGCAAGAGGCAGAACUACUGGAAAACUUUUAUUGUACAAAUUGUACCACUUAG